AUGCUUGCAUCUGUGGAUGCUAUAACUGUGAAAAGGAGUUAUAACCAAAAGAGUGAAGACUGUCCAGACGGCUCUAUCGAGAAUCAGCGCCCAACCGCGCAGUCCGGCUGGCCGAGGAACGAAUGUUCCCGCUCGGCCAAAUCAUCCGUCCGUCUGAAGUCUCGGCCAAAGUCCAAACCAUCCGGCCGAUACGCAUCACGACCCGGGAAACAUUGUCCCGCGGUCGGCCACAGCCACGCCCACCACGACGACCGCGCGAGCCGGGAACAACGCCUCGCGGCCGCGCCCUUCUCGCGUACCACGGCCGAUGCGCCGUCCGAGCCGGGAAGCUACGCCCGCGUCCGGCCGAGAAACAUCGGCCAAUUCACCGUCCGACCACAGCGGCCGACCGAAUCCGUCCGGCCACGACCGUUCCGACUCGGCCAUGACCCGAUUGUCCGGCCGAUCGUCGACCGUCCAACGCCGCGGUCGACCCGAAGCCCGUUUUGA